AUGUCGAUGAACUUUGACGACUGCGCGACCGUCCGCGAGGGCUUCCCCCGGCCCUUCCCGGACACCCCGGCCAACGUGCUCGAGCAAUUCAGCAUGCGCGGCAAGGUUGCCGUCGUCACCGGCGCGGCCGACGGGCUGGGCUACGCCGUGGCCGAGGCCAUUGCGGAAGCUGGUGGUGACGCUAAAGCUCUCGGCGACAACUGCAGUGUCCGGACAGUGGCCUACCAGGUUGACGUCUCCAACCCGGAACAGGUGCAAAACGUCAUUGCAAAAGUCGCCCAAGAUUUUGGCAAGAUUGACGUUUUUGUUGCAAAUGCUGGAAUGGCCAUUUCCAAACCUCUUCUGGAGCAGACGCUGCCCGAGUUCGACAAGCAAAUGUCAGUCAAUGUCAACGGCGUCGUCUACUGCGCCAAGCAGGUCGGCGCCGUCUUCAAGUCGCAGGGCUUCGGCAACCUCAUCAUCACCUCGAGCAUGAGCGGCCACAUCGUCAACGUGCCGGCCGACCAGCCCAUCUACAACGCCACCAAGGCCUUCGUCACGCACCUUGGCAAGUCGCUGGCGCGCGAGUGGCGCGACUUUGCCCGCGUCAACGUCGUCUCGCCGGGCUUCUUCGACACCAAGAUGGGCGCCGGCCCGGCCGCGGUCAACGAGGCGUACAGGAUGGCGGCGCUCGGCCGCCAGGGACACGUCAAGGAGAUCAAGGGGGUUUACCUGUACCUGGCCAGCUCCGCGUCGUCGUACAUGACGGGAUCGGACGUUUUGAUUGACGGGGGGUAUGUGCUGCCGUGA